GAAUGGAUGGGCCGGCGGUGCUGUCGAUGCCGCCGCUGACUUCUUCACAAAAAUCGGCACAAUCGCCGCAACCGCAAUCGCAUCCGAAACAAAAUCAGGAGUUGCAGGUGGGUACCGUGUCGCUUUACGGGAUCCACAUCGUGUCGCUGGUAAUCGAGGGACAGGAACGACUGUGCCUAGCACAGAUCAGCAACACCCUGUUGAAGCAGUUCAGCUACAACGAGAUUCACAAUCGUCGGGUUGCGUUGGGCAUCACCUGCGUGCAGUGCACGCCAGUUCAGCUGGAGAUACUUCGUCGUGCCGGGGCGAUGCCGGUGUCCUCGCGUAGAUGCGGCAUGAUUACUCGCAGGGAAGCGGAACGUCUCUGCAAGUCCUUCCUUGGCGACAACGCACCACCCAGAUUACCUGAAGACUUCGCCUUCUCCGUACAUCACGAGUGCGCCUGGGGUUGCCGCGGGGCAUUUCUGCCCGCUCGUUACAACAGCUCGCGUGCAAAAUGUAUCAAAUGCGCGUACUGCGGCCUGUUCUUCUCGCCUAAUAAGUUCAUCUUUCACUCGCACCGUAUGGGCCCGACGGACAAGUACGUGCAGCCGGACGCGGCGAAUUUCAACUCGUGGCGUCGGCACAUGAAGCUGUCCGGUACUCAGCCGGAUGAAAUCGUGCAUGCCUGGGAGGACGUUAAGGCGAUGUUUAAUGGCGGCACUAGGAAACGCUUAUUAGGCAAUUCGAACGGCUCCCGAGAAUCGCCGAGUCCAGCGAAGCAGCCCAGAUCGUCGCCGACAGGUGCCGCGCAGAUUUCCACCCUGGUGCCGACACCGGCGCAUCCCCGCGUACCACCAUUCCCGGAACUACCUCUGUCGCUGUCCCGCACUCUCGUCAUGGACUACGUAUGGCAUCAACAGCAGGCGGCGGCGGUCGCCGCGGCCAAGACACCCGGUCCAUUCGCAUUUCCGCCCUACACCCUGCACCCUUGGUUGGCCAAGCGGAGUCCCGUUCUGUUCCCCGGACCGCUGCCGCCACCCAUAAGUGGUUCCAGCCCCACGGAACCGUUGAUUCCGACUGUCAAUCCACCAUUGCAUCAAUCCGCGUUCCGUCCGGUGAUUCGUGGGCCACCCAUAGUCGAAUCAGCGAUCCCAGAGCGACCAACGGACGCUAGUCAAAAGGAGGACAACUCCGACGACGAGGUCGACAUCGAGACAACGGAGGAUGACCUUGUGACGCCACUCAACGCGAGUCUUCAGAAUCUUCACUCGGCCUCGAAUUCCGCUAUGAGCAGCCACAGCGGACGAAGUACAUCGCCGCAGUGCUGGAGUCCUCCUCGAGAAACGGAACGGGAAGCUGAGAAGAUCGCCGAGAAAGCCGCGGCUUUGCGCGACGUGAAAACGGAAUUGCCAUCGGCGAGAAGUCCCGAGACCUGGCACGGCAGUGCCUAUCGACAUCUGAUCGACAUCAAUGUUCUGAAGGGGAACGAGUCGACCGCGGAAAGGGCAGGCUCUAAUUGCUCGGCUUGCCGUCCUCCACGCGAUAUAUUUUACAGCCAAGUCCACAGUCCGUCCGCGCCGACCAAUUAAUCGAGUUGAAUUGGCUGAAUUAAUCGACACGCAGGAGCAGCAGAACGUACGAAGAGGAGGACACAUUUAACCCGAACCGUUCCGUAAGCUUGCGACACGUCCGUUGCCUUAAAGCACAGUCUCGUCGAUCUCUAUAUCCUCGAAUUUUAAGGGUUAAGGCGCAACA